AUGAGUGAUUUGGGAUUCGAUCCAAGCUUGAAAAAGAAAAAGAAGUCGAAGAAGGCCGAUGAAAGCACUGCCACCAGUGCCGCCUCCACCCCAGCUGCCGACAUGGACGACAUGUUCGCUGGGUUGAAAAAGAAGAAGAAGUCCAAGAAGACCACCGAAGAGCUGGCUGAUUCCGGUGCUUCUCCUGCUGUGGACGACUUGUCUGCCUCUUUGGAUGAUUUGGGAUUGAAGAAGAAGAAGAAGAAGUCCACUAAGGUGGCCGCCACCGACUUUGAACAGCAAUUGGAAGAAGCCGGUUUGGAUGAUGUGGCUCCAGCUGCUCAGCAGGUCGACGAGUCCGUACAGACGAACUUGGGCUUGCCAUAUGAGUUCCUCUUGUCUCGUUUUUUCACCAUCUUGAAGCAGAACAACCCCGAAUUGGCCGGUGACAGAUCAGGUCCUAAAUUCAAGAUUCCUCCUCCAGUGUGUCAGAGAGAAGGUUCUAAGAAGACGUUGUUUGCCAACGUUCAAGACAUCGCCACUGUGUUGCAAAGAAACCCUGAGCACUUGAUCCAGUUUUUGUUCGCAGAGUUGGGUACUUCGGGAUCCAUCGACGGAGAAAAGAGAUUGGUGUUGAAGGGUAAGUUCCAGCCUAAGCAAAUGGAGUCUGUGUUGAGAAGAUACAUCAUAGAGUACGUGACAUGCAAAACAUGCAAGUCCAUGAACACGGAGUUGAAGAGAGAGUCUGCCAACAGAUUACAUUUCUUGAGUUGUAAAGCAUGUGGGUCCACCAGAUCGGUGUCGAGCAUCAAGACCGGUUUCCAGGCCCAAGUCGGAAGAAGAAAGAGAGUU